CGAGCGCGCCGUUGCUUGGUUCGGACUUCACGCUAUCCUUCUGCCAUCUUUCAACAACCAAUAUAAGGCGCAAUAGCCCACAAGCGACAAUUCUUUUUAUUUCCUCCCCAAGUUUUCGAUCCUCCGUUCUCAAUCCAAUCUGCCAUUUUUCAGUUCACCCAGAGCUUUAACUUUGUCUGUCUCUCCCCCUGCUCGGAUUUACAAUUCACGCAACUACCCCCCCUCCGGGUAUCCAAUCAGCAAUCGUCAUGGCUGAAGUGCUUUGUGCAUCAGCUCAAGUCAACAUUUUGAAUUUCCGCUUCGCUCAUCGCCUUUUCUCUUUCUGUGCACUUGCAAAAGGUGGCAACGACUCCUUAAAAUCUCCGUAUGAAGAAGCAUUGGAUGCAUUGUCGUCUUUAAUCACUAGACGCACUCGUGCUGAUAAUAGUAACAUGGGGGAUCGGUUCAACGUGCUAUUCGAGUACUUGAAGAUGCUGGAUUUGGAGGAGCCAAUUUCAAAGAUGAAGAUCAUACACGUGGCUGGUACCAAAGGGAAGGGAUCUACAUGCACAUUCACGGAAUCUAUAUUACGUAACUGCGGUUUUCACACUGGGCUCUUUACAUCUCCUCACCUCAUAGAUGUUCGUGAAAGAUUUCGUUUAGAUGGUGUGGAAAUAUGUGAAGAGAAAUUUUUAGCAUAUUUCUGGUGGUGUUAUGAUAGACUGAAGGAAAAAACUGAUGAAAAUGUUCCAAUGCCUACCUAUUUUCGCUUCCUUGCUUUGCUUGCCUUCAAGAUAUUUGCAGCAGAGCAGGUAGAUGUUGCUAUAAUGGAGGUUGGAUUAGGUGGUAAAUAUGAUGCAACAAAUGUGGUUCAAAAACCUAUUGUGUGUGGCAUAACCUCCCUUGGGUAUGACCACAUGGAGAUUCUUGGGAAUACUCUUGGAGAAAUUGCUGGUGAGAAGGCUGGUAUCUUCAAGCACCGGGUUCCAGCUUUUACUGUGCCUCAGCCUGAUGAAGCCAUGCAUGUACUUGAAGAGAAGGCAUCACAACUUGAUGUACCUCUUCAAGUAGCACUGCCAUUAGAUGCCAAGUUGUUAAAUGGUUUAAGACUUGGGCUUGAAGGUGAGCAUCAAUAUCUAAAUGCAGGUCUUGCCAUUUUACUAUGCUCUACAUGGCUGAAGAGGACUGGGCAUCUUGAAGAUAGCUACUUGGAACGGACUCACUCAUUGCCAGAGCAGUUUGUAAAGGGAUUGACAACUGCAAGUUUACAAGGAAGGGCUCAAAUUGUUCCUGAUCAACACAUCAACAUUGAAAGCCAAAAUGAACUUGUCUUCUUUUUAGAUGGGGCGCAUAGUCCUGAAAGCUUAGAAGCAUGUGCAAGGUGGUUUUCACUUGCUGUUAAAGAAGAUAACCUGGGCCAGACCUCUCUUCAUCAGAAGUCUGAUAAUUCUAAAUUUUCUAAUGAAUUAGUUAGUUUGCAUCAUGGUCAAAGAGCCAAGAGACAAUCCACACAGAUAUUAUUGUUCAAUUGCUUGUCAGUGAGAGAUCCUCAGUUGCUCCUUCCUCGCCUGAUGCAAACAUGUGCUGAUAAUGGUGUGUACUUCAAGAAGGCGCUUUUCAUACCAAGUUUAUCAGUCUACUACAAAGUUGGCUCCCAUUCUUUAUCACCAGCUGAAUCUAAUGUUGACCUGUCGGGGCAGUUUACUCUUCAGAAAGUGUGGGAAAAUCUCAUGCAAGGAAACAAAGGAAGUGAUGACAAGAGUGCAUAUGCUGUUUCUGAUGAAUUAAAAGAGGGUAUGGAAAUGAGUACCAGUAAUUGUGAACAUAGUGCAGUGUUUCCCUCAUUGCCGUUGGCUAUCAAAUGGCUCCGGGACAGAGUGCAGCAAAAUCAGUCUGUUCGUUUUCAGGUUCUGGUAACCGGUUCUUUACACCUUGUUGGUGAUGUCUUGAAAUUGGUCAAGAAGUGAUCUGUUGGACCGAGUAAUUCAUAGUUUCUUCAAGAUAAGGCCCCCAUCGAGCUGUGCUAGUGUACAUUCAGCACUCUUGGUUCUGGUAACUUUUAAGGGUGGACCUGAGGCGCCUCCUGUAUCAUCAUCAGGCUGGUGACUUUGUUAGAUGACCUUUCUCUAAUUUCUUGUGGGUGUAGUUGAAAAGGAAUUGUUGAUUCAGAUGCAUGAUCAUAAAUAAUUCAGUGGAGUAGGUUCUUCAACACAGCUCGAUGGAUGUCCUCGUUUUUUUUUUUUUUUUGAAGUGGCAUCUUUUGCGGCGUAAGAAGUGCUGGUGUUUGCUCAUGAAGUCGAUGCAAAAUUGGCUGGCAAAUUCUUUAUGAAUAUUCAUGGAACCUUUCAAUGAAUGUUAUCUCAGGUUUUCAUCUGUUCGAUCU